CACCGGUAGAAGGAGUUAGAAAUCCAAGGGACAGGCCUGCAGUCCUGAGAUGCUAAAGGCUAAUCAUGUGUCCCUUGUAUUCUUUUUCCAGGUGGGAAGAUGAACCAUCCGAGCCUGUUCAUCGCACUGAGCCACAAAGACAGAGAGGGAGGAAAGAGAGAGAGAGAGAGCACAAAGGAGGGAGGAGGAGGAGGAGAUCCGCGAUUCUGUGUCCAAAGGGUGGAGCUUGUUCUGUGCUUUCACUAUUCUGCUCCUGCUUCUGCCCAGACCAUCUCUCCCUCUGCGUGUCCGUCUCCUGGAAGACAACGCGUGGAUUUAAGACUCCCGAGCCUGGAUGUAACCGCAGAAUUAAAAAAAAAGAUCGAGGGGUUGAACCGUCAGAGCUGAAGACGCUGCAGACGCCCACACGAGGAGAGACAGGAAGUGAGAGCAGAGUGGGAGCAGUCAGGUCCAAUGGCGACCAACAACACGGCGAGUAUCGCUCAGGCCCGAAAACUGGUGGAGCAGCUCAAGAUGGAGGCCAACAUCGACCGGAUAAAGGUUUCUAAAGCUGCAGCAGACCUCAUGUCGUACUGCGAUGCCCACGCCAAAGAGGACCCCCUCCUCUCCCCCGUACCCGCCUCUGAAAACCCGUUCAGAGAGAAGAAGUUUUUCUGCUCCAUCCUGUAAUCAGCAGCCCCUCCACACAGGCUCCGGUCUGGGGAGGACUGUCACACCUCCGGACUACAAACAUGGAGGAUUCUGGAGGAGACGGUGCGGCGGUGACUGCCCCUGCGCUGACAGAGGAGUCUGACGCAUGUGGAACGGACGAAAUAUGGAAUCUUUUGGUCUUUUCAGCAAGACGUGAAAAGCAGUAAAGGGUCUUGCAGAGUUGGGAUGUGUGUGCGUUUAAUACAGACACGUGUUGGUCAGUUUUCAUGUUAUGGAAAAGUUACAUUAUUUGCAAAAACUAAAUUCAGCAAAUGAACUUUAAAGUGUACUUUAUAAUAAGUACACUUUAAGAAAAGUCCCAUAUUACAGAUCAGGACUAAUCAGGUCUAAACCAGGUCUGAUCCAGGUCUAAAACCAAAUAUAAACCAGGUCUAAACCAGGUUUAACUCUGGACUAAAUUAGGACUAAAACCAAGUCUAAACCAAGUCUAAACCAGGACUAAAUCAAGUUUAAACCAGGACUAGGCCAAGAAUAAAACCAAGUAUAAACUAGGUCGAAACCAGGACUAAACCAGGACUAAGCCAGUUCUAAAUAAGGUCUAAACCAGGACUAAACCAGGUCUAAACCAGGACUAGGCCAAGAAUAAAACGUAGUAUAAACCAGGUUGAAACCAGGACUAUACCAGGUCUAAACAAGAUUUAAACCAGGUCUAAAACCAAGUAUAAACCAGGUCUAAACCAGGUCUAAACCAGGACUAAACCAGGUCUAAACCAGGUCUAACCCAGGUCUAACCCAGAACUAAACCAGGACUGAACCAAGACUAAACCAUGUAUAAACAAUGUCGAAAAAAGGUCUAAACAAGGUCUAAACCAGGUCUAAGAGAAAAAUAAAACCAAGUAUAGACCAGGUUUAAACCAGGACUAAACCAGGUCUAAGCCAGGUCUAAAUUAGACCAGGAACUCAAAAGCAACUAUUUUUAAACAAAACGAUAACUGAAUUUAAACCUGGACUAAAGCAUGAACAAACCUGAUCUGAACCUGCAUUAAAGCUGUACUAUGUAACUUUUAUGGUGAAGGAUUCACGCAUCUGUUAUUACUUUCUUGUCAUAUUACACAUUCUCACUCUUCUGAUCUGUAGCUUCACCCUGUGGCAUCUUCUGCUCGUUUCUAUGGAGAUGGAUACGUUUAAUGCCAUGCUGCGGAACAUUCCAGGCAGAGCUAUAACAUCUCCAUGGAGACGAGCAGAUAGCAAACCCUUCACCAGGAAAGUUACACUGUGCAUCUUUAAGGAUUUAUACCAUUUCUGUCAUUGUAUAUUAAUAACAGAUUUGGUUAAGUUUUGAUUUUGAGAUUUGAACUUUUGAAAUGAUUGACUUUUUUACAACAUAAUUCUUCAUGAACACGUGUCUGUAGUUCAGAGGAAUAGUCUGUGCUCUUUUUGGACUUUGGUUAAACAGUUUGUGGGAGAUACCGUCCCCACAAGAUGUUUUUUUUUUUUAAGUUUUAAGUUACAUUUCCUCUUUCUAUCUUUCUAUCUCUGUCCUGUGAAUACUGAAGAAGAGAUGUGGUUUUUACUUGGUUUGCAGCGGCUUUUUAACAGGAUUUUUUGAAAUUUUGUGAUUCUCUUUCCAAGAUCUUUCUAAUUCUGUUUCUGUAAAAAUGUGAUUUCUCUCCCUUCAGAUACGACUGUCUUUCUAAAGUUUGUAUUAAAACAAUAUCGAGUAAAACGUGCUGUGAAUUCUCA